ACUUUUUGACUUUAUUCUUAAAAUGGAAUGUAAACGUAUUCUUCCCCUGGAAGGCCUGUUAUGGUCAAUGAACCAGUCAUAAAAAAUAAAAACUCGAGUUCCCUGGAAAUUCAUAAGCGCAGUCAAACGUCACUUCCUGCUCUCCAGAGUGACCAGGCCCCCGUUUGGGUGAAAACAAGCACUGAGAAUGAGAGCUGUCUCAUGCCUGCACCUCAGUCAUUUGACCAGCAGAGGGCGCUGUAUUCACUCAGUUCAUGCUGCAAACCUUACAGUAUGUCAUAUCCACCUUUCUGAUGGCCUUCAACAGCUUCUUCAGACAUUUCCUCUUCUUAAAAUCCAGAUUAAUAUCAGAAAGGAAAUCUGGAAGCUAUUAAAGAGACUGGAGCUGCAGUGAAACAUGCAAAGCACAGAGAACAACUUCCCAAGACUUGUUUAGACCUUCCAUUGCCAGACCAGUUUAAUGAACCUUAAAACACACAUUCAUUAUUUUGACCCCUCAACCAUAGAGAGGUCAAAAUAGACAUGUCAUGUGUCUAAUCUCUAAGCAUCAAUUAACCAAACAGUUUGAACAUGUCUACCACUUUAUUGAACAUUCAAUAUAACACAUCUCAGUUAGUUGUUCUUAUUUGAAUUUUAUAUUAAAAACAAAUAAUUGACGUUAGUUCUUAAAAUAUGAAUGACUAAUCCUCCUCCACUUCUCUUCCUCACCACGCCCCCUCUCCUCCCCUUCCUCCCUCUCAUCAUCAUCAACAUCUCUUGUCUCCACCUGAAUCUAACCACACACACCUCUCCGUCCUCCCUGAGUCUCACAUGGAGGAAACCUCUGCUUCUCCCGGGGCUUCAGCUGCUGCAGAGCGGCCGCUAUAGGACUCCGCUGCCCGGGAAGGAGCGUCGCGGUGGGGGGGAGGGGGUGCGGGGUAGUCGCCCUUGCGGAUCUCCGGAGCUCCUGCAGCAGCGUCGCCUCCCUUCAUGCUGCAUGCUGCGGAUCCACGGACACAUGCACGGGAAUACACCAGCUGCUCUCCUCCAUGCAUUGUUCCAGCGGUGAGAGAAGCUGAGCUGCAGAAACGGAAGGAUGAGUGGAAGAAGAAGAGGGCGGGGAGGAUUCCUCACCAUGUUUCUGUUCUUAAAUCUAAUGUGGACACAGCUGCUGAUCACAGAGUCGUCGUCUGGUGACCUCGAGCUCCGUCUCUUCCCCUCUCGUCGCUCCACUCGUCUCACGCCGCCUCUUCGCCCCCGACAGCAGGAUGUAGACGACCCUCCAGAGUCCGACCCCCGUCCCCACCGCCUGCACCUCCACCUUCAUCAUCAUCAUCAUCAUCACCUUCAGCAGCCUGCCGAUCUGCUGGAGUCUCGCUUUCGUCAGGAGCCCGGCGGGGGGCGGAGCCUCGACCUGCUGGCUCAGCCGCAUCACGCGGUGCAGCCUGAGCACGCCGUGGUGUCUGCACGCCAUCUGGUUACCGUGUACCUCGCUGUGGAUGUGCGGAGGCUGAACGUCAGUCUCCUUCGUUGGUUUCGAGAAGGUGUGGCGGCGGCGCUCGGCGUUCCUGCAGGACACGUGCACAUCAACCGGCUCAAUGAGAAGAAGAACGGCAUCGAGCUCUUCGUGUCCUCUGAUAGGCUGGGCGUCUCGGAGCCCCGCCCUGCUGAAGAGGUCAUCCAAUCACUGAAUGUCAGAGUCCUUCACAGACACCUGGGACACUUCGGCAUCACAGAGGUCUCCACUGAGAAAAACGUCCUGCAGGGCGAGCAGAGGGAUCACGUGUGGAGCAGAGAAGGAUUCUACGCCGUCGUCCUCUUCUUCACCGUUUUCGUCAUCGUCAUCACCUGCUUGAUGGUUUUGUACCGACUGAAGGAGAAAGUUCAGGUUUCUGACAGACAGGUAAAAGCUCCGCCCCCUGACCUGCACCUGACCCCAACUGUCCUGCAAGACUCCGCCCAGAAGUCAAGGGGCGCCAAGGUUGUGACGUCAGGAAGCAUGGUUCAAGCUGAGCUCCCUCCAGCUGUAGCCACGCCCAUUCCCCUGCAGCAGCCAAUCAUAGCCUGCCGUCGACUUGCUCCUCCUGUCGUCCCUCUGCCGAGCCCCGCCCCCCCUGUACCCGUCUCCAGCAGCAACGACCACGCCCCCCUUGUCAGCGUUGCCCCGGUGACAGGUGCCAGUAACGAGCUUAAGCCCUGCCCCUCCCCCUUCAGAAUGAAACCUGCCGCAGGACUGCAAGAGAGGCGAGGCUCCAACGUCUCUCUGGUGUUGGACAUGUCGGCUCUCGGCUCUGUGGAGCCCCUGAAUGUGUCCGUAGUAACCCCCAGAGAGGCUGCAGCCAGAGAGUACCUCUUGUCCGCAGGCCGGCCUCUGACACGACAGCAGCUCCGCGAUAUCGUCAACAACACGCACAAACUGCACACAGAGUUCGCUGAAAUCCCCAUGAACUUCAUCGAUCCCAAAGAGCUGGAUAUUCCCAACCACGGGAACAAGAACAGAUACAAGACCAUACUGCCCAACCCUCAUUCCAGAGUGAUCCUGAAGUCAAAGAGCUGCAACGACCUCCUCAGCUCCUACAUCAACGCUAACUACGUACGGGGUUACCUUGGCGACGAGAAGGCAUUCAUUGCCACGCAGGGUCCGAUGGUGAACACGGUGAAUGACUUCUGGCAGAUGGGGUGGCAGGAGGAGUCGCCCGUCAUCGUCAUGAUCACCAAACUGAAGGAGAAGAACGAGAAAUGUGUUCUGUAUUGGCCGGAGAAAAGAGGAAUCUACGGGAAGGUGGAGGUGUUGGUCGACAGCAUCAGAGAGUGUGAACACUACACGACCCGCAGCCUCACACUGAAGUGUGGGAAUCAAACCCGCGUGCUGCAGCAUUACUGGUACACAUCGUGGCCCGACCAUAAAACCCCCGACUCCACGAUGCCGCUGCUGCAGCUGAUGGCCGACGUAGAGACGGACAGACGGAUGGCCGGCGCCAUGGGGCCGGUCAUCGUCCACUGCAGUGCCGGGAUUGGCCGGACCGGCUGCUUCAUCGCCACGACGAUAGGCUGUCGACAGCUGCAGCUGGAGGGAGUGGUCGAUGUUCUGAGCAUCAUCUGCCAGCUCAGAGCGGACAGAGGAGGGAUGAUCCAGACCGGCGAGCAGUACGAGUUCGUCCAUCACGCCUUGAGUCUGUACGAAGCCCGCCUCUCUGCAGAAACCGGCCAAUGAGCACGCAGCACCACCACAGGACGUGUCGACUCAAACCAGGAAGUGUGCAAACAAAGCUAACCUCCUCCGGGGUCAUGGACAAACCCGUGGAGGUUUUUGUGUUUUUUCUCUAAGUUUGAUGGACAACCAAUGAAGCGUGUUGUGGGCGGAGCCUGCCGAGUGAAAGCGGGAAGGUAAACUUCUGCAAAAGGAAAGUGUCCGUUUUUUCCUUCUUCUUCUGCUGUUUUCUUCUUCAAGGGUUGUUGGCGCGUGACGAACUGGACACGCCCACUUCACUCGUCUUUACUGGCCGUCGAGUCGUUUUGUUUUCUAACCGACCGGACCGCCGCGUUACCUCUUCUCUGUCAUGGACACGUAGAAAUAGUCCGACUCAAAUGGAUGGUACGUUGUUGAAUAACGAUGUUUUGGUUUCUGUGUCUUAUAGGAUUUUAAAAUUAUUUCUACGUGGCGUUCUUCUAGGAAAAUGACUGUUAGCGGGUUUUCACAUGUGGUCAAGAUACUUUUAUCACCGCUGAGCCAAAACCUCGCCACGCUCCUUUGUGACCUCACUACUCUGUAGACGCCCCUUUGUUAAUACGACGGUGACAAUAACAAUAGAAGUCCGAGGUUACGAUAUCCGAAAAAAAACUCCUCGGCAACGUUUUCGGCGUUUGUGCCACGUUGUGUCGUUUGAAAACAAGAAUUUAAUGAGUACAGUUUUUUCAUUUGAAAGAUAAAAACAUAACUUCGCUCUUUUUCUCGUCUUACGGGGCCGUGAAGUCACAAACGGAGCGACCUCCAGCCAUAGACGACAUGCUAAGCUACAAGCUAACAAACCAACGUAAGGGUUAAUAAGCUCCUGCUAAGCUACUUCCUGUCGUAGCGCUAGCUAAUAAAUGCUAACUCUAGCUUUAGUAGUUCAGUGUUGCUUCCUUGUUAAUAAAAAAAGAUGCUAGGUUUCUGCACAAGCUAAUGCAAAUACUAGCAAUGCUAUGCUAACGCAAUAUUUUGCUAAACCACUUCAAUAUAGUGCUCGUCAUGAGGUCAUCACGAUACUCUGAUAUCAUUUAAGUGGGUUGAUUUUUCUCAUAGAGCCCUGAUGUCGGGAAUAUAUUUUAAUUAAAUGUAAAAAUCUGAAGGUAAACUUCCUGACACAUUGUCUUCAAAACAAAAACAAAGAGACAUCUCCGGCGUGUUCGUGUAAUUCAGACGAUGUUCGCCGCCGUUCCUCUUCUUCACGUCUGUGUGGCGUCUGAGGGGGGUCAGCCCAAUGUUCCCACAUUUCUAGGACAUUUUCAAAAUGAGGUCUUGUGUUCCUACAUUUCCCUUCAAUUUAAGCCCAAUCUUCCAACAACAUGUUUUGGAAGCACUUUAUAGUAAAUGAGUGAAUGAGUCAGCAGACAUCGUCACAAUCAUUACAAGAAAACAAUGAAACAGGCUGAUCGAAAAGGGUUUCGGCUGAAGCAGAGCUUAUAGAUGCCGAAACCUUGUUUUCAUUUCCUUAAGUCAGACAAACAAAACAAACAUGUAAUACACUUGUACAUACAUGUGCACUUACAUUAAAUGUUUGUAAUAAACAAAGAGAUGGGCGCACCAGAUUUAUCUAAAAGCUACGUUCCAUCUGUAGUCCAUUGCUACUGGAUGAUAGGUUGGGUGUGAUUGGCGACCAAAUUGGGAGAAAGGGAGAUAAAAUCUGAUACAAAGUUAUGAAAAAGGAAAUGUGGGAACAUAGGCACGCUCCCGUCUGAGGGGAUAGAGGACGUUUUUUUAAAAUAACAAAAUGUUGGAUGCAAAGACAGAUCAAAGACAAAACAUCCCGCUAAAUGCUAGCUUAAAAUCGACUCUGCACUUUCGCUGAUUCCUUUGGAUUCAUGCCUGAUAUCGUAAAUGUAACUGAUUCAUAUUAACAUCUUAGUAAAGACCCUUUUUUUAAACAUUGGGCCACAUUAGGAAACAUUAAGCCGAGUUAUCCUGAAAUCUAAAUCUUGGAUAUUUAACGCUGCUUGGUCGUCGAGCUUUGUGUUUGUUUGUUUUUUUUGCUUCGACAAUUCCUGUUGUGAGAAAAUGUUGCUUUAUACCAAAAAUGUGAAAUAACUGACGUCACAAUGGUGCGUUCAUCUCAUCGUUGUGCAGCUGUAAUUUAUGCUAGCUAGUGAGUGAGAAAUAUUGGUGUAUCAAAGUAAUAAUGAGUUUAUUUUUAUACCGUUUUUACAUGUUUUUGAUGUGUUCAGAAGCUGUUCACCGUUUGUCUGCUCGCAUUAAGGCGUCCUCAGUGAAGCCUCACCAUCUCUAAACCGUCAACGUAUCAGGAGCUGGAAAUUUAGUUUAGACACAAACGGACAUCCGACUGUUUACAUGUCCUUUUCUUAAUGAUGGAGAGAAAACAUGAAGAAGACAAAUCAGAGCUAAACUUACGACUUAAUGUCUUUAUUUGUGAUUUUUCACACUUCAAUAGAAAUCAAGUAUCUCCUCUGAAAAUAACUGUGAGUCAUGACUGUCUACAAUGGGUGUAACACCCGAGUCCCACUGUCUGUGAUGUUUUCAGAGUUUUCAGAGUCCUAUCUUCAGUUUGUUUACAUCGCCCGGACGGCCGGCUGACUCCUCCCCUCGUGUAUAAAAGUUGUUUAAUUGAGGGACUAGAGAAAAGAAGAAUAACAUACUGUACUCACUGCUUAACUGUGUUUCUAGAUCACGCUCAUUUCAGGUAAAUUUACAUGCAGUGUGAAGAUACGAGCAUAAUAAAGAUCGCUAGCAUUAGCAUGCUAACACAACAAUGCAGCGCCAGUUGUUUUGGUUUCAUGCUGGUGCUCAAGGGCGACAUCUGCUGGAUCAAAAAAAUCACAUAUAAAGCCUUUAAACGUGGAAACUUGAUUUCUUUAGAAGUCUACAAAAGACUUAAUGUUGAUGAUAAAUUUAAUAAGAUAAAUAAUAAGAAAGUUGUGUUUUGGCUCGUUGUCUGGUUUUGGAGAUGUGAGGUGUCUGCAGUAAUGCCAGUAAUGAAGAACAAACAUCUCUUGGUGUGAGUGAGAACACGUCGUGCAGUAAACGUCAAAGUGCUUUUGAGUCAUGGACCUCAAGCUCGGAGCUCUCGCUGCUAAAACAUCGGGACCGCCCGGUGGUCGAUGACGGACGAUGACCGAGAGAAACUUUGAAGACUCUUCUUCUUUUUUCUAUGUAGCAGAUUUAUUUUUUAUUCAUUCCUCUUCUUGUGAUACAAUCAAAGGGGCGUGUCUCCGUGUCUACACGCCUCCUGGGACCAACCGGAUUUACAAACGCGUCCAUCGCCGUCUUCAACGAGUUCAUCAUUAAAGUUUGAUAUCGAGUCUUUGGCGAGCCCGGCCUCCACGCCCUCUGCAGCGGCGGGUACACACACACUGCCUCUGACGUAGUAUUGUGUCCGUCGGUUGGUUCACGUCCUGUACUCUGUUGUUGUUAUUGAUGCCGCUUAAAGGGACGCUACACAUUUAUACUUCAUUAGACAUGUGACCUUUUAGACCAACUUAACGUCCUUAAAUCACCGUGUUCAGGAUCGCACUUUUCAUCAGGACAAUAUUUUACACCGAUAUCGUAGGCGUAAUUUAAAUACGAUCUUUCCUAUAAAAAAACUUACUAUAUGUAGAAAAAUUAAAACUGAAUAAAUGUUUUUGUUUUUUUGAGAGCGGUUUGUUCAGGAGAACUUCCCCUGAUGAUCGCCAUAGUGACCAGCACCAAAGUACGUU